CCUGACACACUCAAGCCUCCCUGACCCACCUUGAACAUUCACCAUUGCACACUCCCUGGCACAUUUCUUUCACCCUCAGCUUCUCCCACCUCUUCCUGGGUCAUACUGCCAGCCUUUCCCUAACCCCAGGGCUGCAGCCUUUCCCUGUCACUGCUCACCCCCUACCAUGUCCCUGGGACCAUUAAGAUUCCAGGCAGUGGGUGAAGACGAGGAGGAUGAGGAAGCAGAGAGCUUGGACUCUGUGAAGGCGCUGACGGCCAAGCUGCAGCUGCAGACACGGCGGCCCUCAUACCUGGAGUGGACAGCCCGGGUCCAGAGCCAGGCCUGGCGCAGGGCCCAAGCCAGACCCGAGCCAGGGGGACCUGGGGCCAUUUGCGGAUUCGACUCAAUGGACUCUGCCCUUGAGUGGCUCCGACGGGAGCUGCGGGAGAUGCAGGCACAGGACCGGCAGCUGGCAGGGCAGCUGCUUAGGCUGCGGGCCCAGCUGCACCGGCUGAAGGUGGACCAAGUCUGUCACCUGCACCAAGAGCUGCUGAACGAGGCCGAGAUGGAGCUGGAGCUGGAGCCCGGGGCCGGCCUGGCCCUGGCCCCGCCACUGCGGCACCUGGGCCUCACCCGCAUGAACAUCAGUGCCCGGCGCUUCACCCUCUGCUAAGGGAUCCCUGCGUGUCUCCUGUACCA